AUGGCGGUUGCGCGCAGGAAACUCUUGCAAAGCAGGCAAGUGGGGUCUCUUCUCCUUUUACUGUGCGUAUCUAUGGGGGGUGCGGCAACCAUCCGAUAUUCGGUGGCGGAGGAGAUGGAGAGCGGCUCAUUUGUGGCCAAUGUGGCGAAGGACCUAGGGCUGGAGGUAGGGAAGCUGGCUGCGCGCGGGGCGCGGCUCGUUUCUGAGGGCAACAAGCUGCAUUUCCGGCUCCACCGCAAGACAGGGGAUUUGUUCGUGAAGGAGAAACUGGAUCGGGAGUCACUCUGUAGCAAAGCCGACCCCUGCGUUCUGCAAUUUGAAAUAGUCCUGGUGGAGCCGCUACAAUCCUUCCGUGCUGAGGUCAGAGUAUUUGAUAUCAAUGACAAUGCCCCAAUUUUCCUAAACAAGGAGCCGCUUUUAAAAAUUCCGGAGAGUACUCCGCUGGGCUCUCGUUUUCCUCUGCAGAGCGCCCAGGACCUGGACGUGGGCCUCAAUGGUCUCCAAAACUACACCCUGAGCGCCAACGCUUUUUUCCACCUGCACACACGCUUCCGCAGCCACGGGCCCAAAUAUGCCGAGCUGGUGCUGGAUAAACCCCUGGACAGAGAGGAGCAGCCUGAAGUAAACUUGACAAUUACUGCUGUAGAUGGUGGGUCCCCGCCCAAGACUGGCACGGCCCACAUCCGUGUGGUGGUUCUGGACGUCAAUGACCACGUUCCCCAGUUCUCCCGCCUGGUGUACCGCGCUCAGGUACCAGAGGACAGCGCCAAUGGUUCUUUGGUGGCUACGGUAACUGCCACGGACCUAGAUGAGGGCACCAACAAGGAGAUAACCUACUCUUUAGCGCAAAACCCAGAAGCAAUUGUCAAGACGUUUCAGAUUGAUUCUCAAACUGGGGAGGUUCGCCUCCGAGGGCCCCUAGAUUUUGAAGCGAUUGAAACAUACGACAUUGACAUUCAAGCCACUGACGGAGGAGGUCUCUCUGCCCACAGCAAAGUCCUAGUGGAAGUAGUAGAUGUGAAUGACAAUCCCCCUGAAGUGAUGGUCUCCUCCGUGUCCAGCCCUCUCCCUGAGGACUCCCCUUUACAGACUGUAGUGGCCCUUUUCACUAUAAGAGAUCGUGACAUUCGAGUGGGAGGAAAAAUCACCUGUUUCCUCAGAGGGGACCUUCCCUUUGCUGUCAGACCUACAUUCCGGAAUUCUUACUCAUUGGUCACUCACAGAAUCUUGGAUCGGGAAGAGGUUUCAGCCUACAAUAUCACCCUUGUUGCCAUGGAUACUGGACCACCCCACCUAUCCACUGAGACUGUGAUAGAGGUGCUAAUAUCUGACAUUAAUGACAAUCCCCCGGUGUUUCAGGAAGACUCCUAUGUCUUGACUGUUCGGGAAAACAACAGUCCUGCGGUUUUUAUUGGCAAAGUCCAUGCUGAGGAUCUAGAUUUGGGUGAGAAUGCCCAAGUAACAUAUUCUCUGCUACCUCCAAAAAGUGGAGAUCUAUCAGUCUUUGCUUACAUCUCUAUAAAUUCAGACAAUGGGAAGCUCUAUGCACUGAGAACCAUGGAUUAUGAGGCCAUCCAAGAUUUUCAGUUUGUGGUGAGGGCAACUGAUGGGGGCUUCCUGUCACUGAGUAGCCAAGUUACUGUCAGAGUGGUUGUCCUGGAUGACAAUGACAACCGUCCAAUGAUUUUGUACCCACUGCAGAAUGGCACCUUGCCCUGCAAUGAUCUGGUGCCCAGGUCUGCAGAAGCAGGCUACUUGGUGACCAAGGUGGUGGCUGUGGAUGGUGAUUCAGGUCAGAAUUCUUGGCUUUCAUACCAUCUACUUAAGGCUACUGACCUUGGGUUAUUCUCUGUUCAAAGACAAAAUGGGGAAAUCCGUACAUUGAGGCAGAUAUCUGAGAGAGACCCUAUGAUGCAGAAACUGAUCAUUCUUGUUCAGGAUCAUGGCCAUCCAGCUCUCUCCACCACUGCCUCACUCAACAUCUUGCUGGUAGAUGGCUUUUCAGAGCCCUACCUGCAGUUCCGGGAUCCAUCCAAGAAUCCUAGAAGGGUGAAUACAUCCACCAAAUAUUUGGUCAUUUCUCUGGCUGUGCUUUCCUUUCUCUUUCUCUUCUCUGUUACAGUGAUCUUCAUUAUACAUAUAUACCAGAAGAUUAAAUACAGAGAAAAGUUCAAAAUUCAAGAGCAUUUCUAUGAUGACUGUAAUUUCCCUAACAACCUGGUACAAGCAGGAGGUAAUGGAUCCUUGUCCCAACCUUGUCCAUAUGAAAUGUGCUCAGCCACUGGCACUGGCACUAGUGAGUUCCGGUUUCUUAAGCGCUUUAUGCCCAACUUUCCCUUCCCCCAGGGCACUGGAGAGGUAAAAACAGAGGUUGGUUCCAAUUUACCUCCAGAUUCUGAUAGAAACAGCUUGCGGGGGUCAGAGGGCCAUGGCCGGAUACCUGAUGAAUAUAUGUAGAUCAUAUAGAAAGCCAGAACUGAGAAGAGAGGAGUCUAAUUUUACACCUGGUGUGCAAGGAUCUCUCACCCUUAUUGAGACAAAAAUGGUAGUGGAUUGUUGCUUCAGUGGAGACAGAAGGGUGCCUAGGUCAGUGAAAAUGGGAAAGCCAGAGUGAGGCUUGGCCUACUUAGUACAGAACAGUUAUCCUGAUCCCCAGAGCAUAUAUAUAUCUGUAAUCUCUUCUGUGGUUGGGAGCCUAUUUAAAGAAAUGUCACCAUCGGUAAGUGUGCAUGUGGCAGAGGUAGGAACUUCUGCUUUUUCAUUUUCUCUGUGCUAGGCAAGUAAUGAAUGAGCCAUAACUCAUAUCUCCUUUGGAAGUUCAUUAGUCCUGGCCCUGGAAAUGCUUAGUUCCAUAGUUAUCUUGUUAUAUUGUCUUUAAAUUAUUUUCCAGUAGCAAGUUAUAUAUGCAGAGGAAAGAAAAUGAACUUCCAGUUUUGACAUUUCAGGAAGCAGUUAGGUUUGACAAGCAGAGAUAUAGUUUAAUUUUACCAUUAUCAGAAAUUUCUAGACUUUAUCCCUUGAUGGUUGAUGUUUGAGUAGAGAUCAUCUUUGAAUCAAUACCUUUAUGCCAAUAUUCUUAAUAAUGGGAAUGCCUGGUGAAUGAUGAUCCUCACAGAUAAUCAUGUUGGGAGGCAAGGUAAAAGAAAAAAAGAAUUAACUUAUUCACAGAUGUGAGGAAGGGUAGGUAUAAGGCUAAAUAGAUUCCAUUCAGGAAAUUUGUCCAAAAUUAAGUUAGAUGUAGAUUUCUUAAUGGUUGUUUGGGGCCUUAGACAAGUCUCAACUCUCUCAUAGCCAGAUAUCUGUUCUUGUUUUAUCAGCUUUUGUUUGAAUGUUGGAGAUAAAUGGUGGUUGAGAAUAAAAAUAAAUUAGGCCUGCUCUCAAACAUCAUCAAAACAAAAAGUAUUAAAAAAGAGUUCAUACCAAUGAAGUAGCCUUAAGAAAAGACACAUUUUCAGGUUGUAUGAGAUAUGAUUUUAAGCCAUUUCCCCCUCUGUGCAUUCUGAUGAGGACAUGGAAACUAAGAAAAAGAGGUAUUUCCUGGCAAAUCAUACAUAAAGUUAAAUAGAGAAAAGGGAAACAAGUUAUGCUUCUUUUGAUCAUCACUGUUUUUCCUUCUUAAGCUAUUUUAGGUCCUUUCAUUUUAAAAUUGAAGAAACCAAUAUAAAAACACUAACAUAUUUCUCCUAUCAAUGCCACUAACUGUGACUUAAAACUAAAAGUUUGCUUUAAUGAGGCUAUAUUUAUAUGCCUUAUUUUAUAAGAAUGUGUGUGAAUUCAGAUCGUGAGGAUAGAUCCUCUUCCUUCCCACAGAGGAGGACACAGUAUUUGUACCUGGAACUCUAAGGAUAGAGAACUUUCUCUUAAAAUACUUCUCAAAUAUACCAGAUCAUAUUUAUUGAUAUAAGCCUCAUUCUUGGGAUUUAUAACUGAUAUGCAAUAGGAAACCCUUCACGACCUUGCUGUCUAUGUGGUGGCUAAAAUUUAGUGCUAAGUUAUUUUUUUAAUGUUAGAAAUGCUUUGGGAAGAAUUGGUGUAACCUAUGGCUACCUUCAAUAUUUUCCUUAAUAUUUUGAGAAUAGAUGAAGAAGCAAUUUCAGAUAUCAAUGAAUUAUCUUUCUCAUUAAUACUGAAUAUUUUUCAUAAAUUGAGCUAUAAUCCCACUCAUGUGAAGUAAAGCUCUUUCUUACACAAAACAUAGACAUGUGUUCCAGUGUAUAUGGAUUAACCAAUUAGGAUUGGUUAAGGCAUGCUGAAAUCAGAAGCUUUACUGAGAAAGGACACAGAAUUAUUAAUGGGUAAGUAGUAAUCAGUUAAUAAAACAUUAGCUAAAGGCCACUAGAUUAACUGCAUUUGAUUGCAUUAAAUAGUGUGUUGAUUAACUGUAUUUGAUUACAUUAGUUUGUUGAUUAAUUGUAUUUGAUUACAUUUAAUGAUAUGAUCAUAAUCUAUAGAGCAUAACUUGAUGUCAAAAAUAAGGAAAGAAUAUUGUGUAGAUCAAUUUCAAACUUUGAAUUUUGAACAGCUGUAAAAUUCACAUAUAUUCACAGACACAUACACACACACACAGAGUGAGAAAAUAGAGAGGAGAUUUAGGUUUUCCAACCUUUGAUUUUUCCAAAUAUGGGUAUUAAAACAAAAUAAAAUCUAUCAUUUUCUAUCACCAUUAUUUCAUAAAGGAAAUAACAUUUUAAUAUAAAAAUGUAAGAUAAUCUCAUAACAGAAACCAUUCUUUAAAAUAAAAAAUACAUGUAGUAUUAUGAAAAUUUUAUUUUGCCAUUAUUUUUCUCAUUUUUGCUUUAGAUCAGUGAAAAUUUUGUCACAGAUUUGGAGACCACUGGAUUAAAUGACAAUUAGAUCCUAUUUUUAUUCAGACUUCAAAUUCCUAAGUAAUUCCAGUUGUAGCUGAUGAUUUAAAACUGACAUCUGUACAUCAAUUCACUGAAUAUAAAGUGAGCUAUAUGUGUUUGGAGAGAACGCUGUACACCAGCUGAGAUUAAGUGCAAAUCUCCAAUAAUAAAUUAAGAUGAAUGGAAAUAAUUAGGAUAAUUACUUCCCCACAAAAUGUGAAGUAAUGUUAUGACUACUUGGAUUUAGUCAAAGCUGUAACCCAAGUGCCUGGAAGAAUGUCUUAUCCAAAAGACCAUGAUAAAUAUUUUAAAGAUUAAAACUAUAUAGCUGAUUUGGGCAAAUUGCUUCAAUUACCUAUUUAAGUUAAUUAUGUAAAUUUGUAUUUCUACUGGAAGUUUUAUUUAUAGAGAAUUUAAUCUCUUUUUAAACUUUUUACUAUGAGAUGAUUUUAGACUUACAGAAGAACUGCAAAAUAAUUAAACUGCAGACUUUAUUCAGAUUUCACCAGUUUUUUCCCUAAUGUCCUUUUCCUGUUCCAAGAUCCAAUCCAGGAUCCCACAGAGCAUUUUAGUGUCAGUCUUCUUAGUCUCCACCAUCAACUUAGUAUUUCCUUGACUUUCAUGGCCUUGACACUUUGAAAAGUUAUUUUGUAGGAUGUUCUUCAAUUGGGGAAUCUCAUUGUUUUCCAUUAGAUUGAGAUUAUGCAUUAUUGGGGAAAAAACAUAGAAAUGAUGUUGUCUCCUCAUUGCAUCAUAUCAGGGAGUACAUGACGUCAAUAUAUCAUAUUAUUAGUGAUGUUAAAUUACAUCACUUGGUUGAGGUAAUGUCUGCCAAGUUUCUUAACUGUACUAUGAAGAAUGGAAAUAAUUAGGAUAAUUACUUCCCCACAAAAUGUGAAGUAAUGUUAUGUAAUUAAUAAAUACUUGGGGGGAGAUACUUUGAAACUAUGCAAAUAUAUUUCUGCUUAAACUUUUGCCCACUAAUUUUAGUAUCCAUUCCUGUGGCAAUUAUUACUGUGGCAUUCUAAUGGUGAUUUUUAAUUUCCUUUUUUCUUUAUACAGUUAUUAAUUGGAAUUCUUCUAUAAGGAAGACUUGUCACUUUUCUCUUAUUUGUUUCUUUAUUUAUUUUAUUAUUUGGGCUAUAAUCAAAUACUAUCAUUAUUUAUUUUAUUGUUCAGCAAACCCCAUUAUCUGAGAUGAAGAGCAAGUUUUUAAGACUGAAUUUAUCCAUAUAGAACACAUUUCGAUCAAAACUAGUAUUUCUUUGUAACCCUAUAUGUUAGAGUAUCUAGUAUCUUAAGCAGUAGUUUCUUUAAUCUUGUUAAGGUUUAUUCACAAUAAAGAUUUCAACUUUAAAUGAAAAUUAUACUUACUUGAUUUUAAAUUUCAAUUACAUUUAUAAAACUAUUAA